GUGUGCAGAAAGUGUGAUUUUUUCCCCAUUUCCCAUUGUUCUACCUGCUGUAGUGCUAUGCAAACAUCUUCCUGGUGAUACAGUGCAGUGUCUAGUGGCGAGAGUGGCUCUCAUUAUCCGUGGAUAUUCAUGUGAGACGCCAGUGAAGAGACAAAGGGAGCUGGCAAAAACGUGCUGUGAAGCUUUUUCUGUGAAUUUUCUCCACACCAGUGGCCAGGAAGUCAGCACAGGAUGAACGUGUUGGUGCGCAGAGGAAGCCUCAUCACGAGCCGGAGCAUCAGAUACACCGGCGACGGCGGCGGCCGCCUGACACAGCGCCUGAGUCGCCUGGAGGGGAGAAAUCUCAAUGUUCCCGCCUAUCGCUGGCGCCACUUCUCGGCCAACGCUCUGCCGGCGCUGUCGGCGUGCCCGGUGCCGCACGCGCGGUCGCUGUCCGUGUCCUCGCGGCGGCUGGAGCAGCCGUCGUCGAAGGUGGAGGAGACGGUGAAGAACCUGAAGCAGGAGACGGAGGAGAAGGCGAAGGCCGUGGAGGCGGCGGAGCACGUGGCGGAGCGCGGCCUGGCGCCGGUGCCGGAGAAGGCGGUGGCGAAGACAGUGGCGAAGAAGAGUCUGGGACAGCGCGUGUGGGCGGAGAUUCUGCACUACUACCACGGCUUCCGGCUGCUGGCCAUCGACGUGCGGAUCUCCAGCAAGCUGCUGUGGAAGGUGCUGAACGGACAGAAGCUGACGCGUCGGGAGUAUCAGCUGCUGAUACGAACCACGUCGGAUCUGUUCCGCCUCGUGCCCUUCUCCGUCUUCAUCAUCGUGCCGUUCAUGGAGCUGCUGCUGCCGGUGUUUAUCAAGUUUUUCCCCGGAAUGCUGCCGUCCACCUUCCAGACGGCCAAGGAUCGCGACGACAAGCUGAAGCAGAACCUGAAGGUGAAGCUGGAGAUGGCGAAGUUCCUGCAGAAGACGCUGGACGAGAUGUCGGUGCAGCACAAGGAGCACCGCAGCGAGGCGGCUAAGGAGUUCAGUGUGUUCGUGACGAAGACGCGCGAGGCGGGCGAGCCGCCGGCGCCGGAGGAGAUCAUGAAGUUCUCGAAGCUCUUCGCGGACGAGAUCACGCUGGAUUCGCUCAGUCGGCAGCAGCUGAUGGCGAUCUGCCGCGUGCUGGAAGUGGGCACGAUCGGCACCAAUGCCUUCCUGCGCUUCCAGCUGCGCAUGAAGCUGCGCGCGCUGGCGGCGGACGACAAGAUGAUCCAGAAGGAGGGCGUGGACGUGCUGGACUACCCGGAGCUGCAGGCGGCGUGCCGGUCGCGCGGCAUGCGCGCGUACGGGAUGUCGGAGGAGCGGCUGCGGCAGCAGCUGGUGGAGUGGAUAGACUUGAGUCUGAACGAGAAGGUGCCGCCGUCGCUGCUGCUGCUGUCCAGGGCGAUGAUGCUGCCCGAGCACAUUCCCACCAGUGACAAGCUGAAGGCGACCAUCUCGGUGCUGCCGGAACAGGUGGUGGCGCAGACGAAGGCGGCGAUUGGCGAGCGCGAGGGCAAGAUCGACAACCGCACGAAGCUGGAGAUCAUCAAGGAGGAGGUGCGCAAGAUCAACGAGGAGAAGGAGGAGGAGAAGGAGACGGCCGAGGCGAGCAAGAAGGACGCCGAAGAGCUGGUGGACAAGGCGGCGCAGAUUGUGCUGGAGAGCAGCGUCGCGGUGGACCAGGAGAAGGCUUCGGUGCUCGACAAGGCGGCCGAGAAGCCCGCCGAGAUCUCGUCGCAGGAUUUGGAGGUGCUGACGGACGCGCUGGGCGAGAUCUCCAAGGACAAGAAGGUGCUGAUGGUGGAGAAGGAGCAGAUCAAGGACCUGAAGGAGGAGAUUGCCGACUAUGCGGAGGACGUGAAGGAGCUGAACGCCGUGGUGAAGCCCACGGACAAGAUACACGAGUCCACGGCGGCGAAGAUGCUGCACAGGCGAGUGGAUAAGAUGAUCGGGAAGCUGGACAAGGUGCUGCUGGAUCUGGAGGCGAAGGAGCAGAAGCUCAAGUCGGACAUCGAGACGAUCGAGGCGAGCGCCGAGGAGGGCGUGCAGCAGGAGAAGGAGAAGAAGGAGCAGCUCGUGUACGUAGACGAGCUGAUGGUGGCCAUCAAGAAGCUGCAGAAGGUGGACGACGACGCGAAGUUGCACCAAAUCUACGGCAUUCUUGGCAAAUUGGAUGACGAUCGCGACGGAAGACUCAAAGUCGAUGAUGUACUCAAGGUGAUUGAGAUGAUUGCGAAGGACAAUGUGAAAUUGAGCGAGAAGCAGUUCGAUGAGCUGAUCGAGUUGGUGGCCAAGGAGGAGAUUCUGGACAAUGAGGUGAAGAUUGAGAAGGAGAUGAACAGACAGCUGGCGGCCGCCAAGGAGGAGGCGUCCGCGUCGCUGCCGCCGCCGUCGCCGGCCGAGAAGGGCGGUCAGAAGCUAAUGGUGGAUCCGGACACCGUGACGGAGGCUGUGGAGCGACAGAAGGAGAAGAUGCUGCCCAGCAACGGCAUCCCGCCGAUUCCGCCGCUGCCCACGGCGACGCCCAAGGAGCAGAAGAACAGCAAGACGUUGUGACCUCGGCGUGAGUCCGAGGAGUGAUCUGGCUGACACUAUAGUGCAAAGACUUUCAGUGAUUUUACCUCCAGUUCCAACUGCGACUCCCUUCCCUUGGCCCCCGUUCUGCCCUGGUGUACAUAAAGGCGAUGUAAUAUUUUAAUAUAUUUAAUCCCGCGCGGCUCUCAGAUUAGUGCGACUUUCGAUAUAUGGAUUUGAGGAGUCGCCAGUGUAAAUUCCACAAGUGAAAUUUAUUUUACUACUUAAUGCGACACAAGAGGUGUAAUGAGAAAAAAAGAGGUGAUGAAUAAACGAAGAAGAUGGACAAAA